CCGGACAGUUGGUGGUGUUGGUUCGCCCCAGCUGUUCCUCUCGGCACGCAGCUCCGCGGCGCGCGACCCCGGAGUGACACCACGGCGCAUACGCGGUGCGGGGGGAGGCGGGGGGGCGCGCAGGCGCCGCGGGGGAAGUGAGGCCGCGCAGGCGCGGACGGCGUUGGUUGAAGAAGACCUUCAGCGUUGCCCUGGCUGAGCAGAGACCUGCUCUCUAGGUGGAGAGAUGUGUAACACACCAACUUACUGUGACCUAGGAAAGGCUGCCAAGGAUGUCUUCAACAAAGGAUAUGGGUUUGGCAUGGUCAAAAUAGAUCUGAGAACCAAGUCAUGUAGUGGAGUGGAAUUUUCUACUUCUGGUCAUGCUUAUACUGACACAGGGAAAGCAUCAGGCAACCUAGAGACAAAAUAUAAGAUCUGUAACUAUGGACUUACAUUCACCCAAAAAUGGAACACAGAUAAUACUCUUGGAACAGAAAUCUCUUGGGAGAAUAAGUUGGCUGAAGGGUUGAAACUGACUCUUGAUACCACAUUUGUACCGAACACAGGAAAGAAGAGUGGGAAAUUGAAGGCCUCCUAUAAACGGGAUUGUUUCAGUCUUGGCAGUAAUGUGGAUAUAGAUUUUUCUGGUCCAACCAUCUAUGGCUGGGCAGUAUUAGGCUUUGAAGGUUGGCUUGCUGGCUAUCAGAUGAGUUUUGACACAGCCAAAUCCAAACUGUCACAGAAUAAUUUUGCCCUGGGUUACAAGGCUGCAGACUUCCAGCUGCACACUCACGUGAAUGAUGGCACUGAAUUUGGAGGGUCUAUCUACCAGAAGGUCAAUGAGAAGAUUGAAACGUCAAUAAACCUUGCUUGGACAGCUGGCAGUAACAACACCCGUUUUGGCAUCGCUGCUAAAUACAAGUUGGAUUGUAGAACUUCUCUAGCUGCUAAAGUAAAUAACGCCAGCCUGAUUGGACUGGGUUAUACUCAGACUCUUCGACCAGGAGUCAAACUGACCCUAUCAGCUUUAAUCGACGGAAAGAACUUCAAUGCAGGAGGUCACAAGGUUGGGUUGGGAUUUGAACUAGAAGCUUAAUGCGGUUUUGAAUAAAGCAUCAGAUUUCUCCCUGGAGGUGAAGAGAAAUGAACCCAC